CUCUUAUCUAAUCAACAGCAGCAACCCGCCACCGCGAUGGCAGGAUCUUCAAAAUCCAAAUUGGGUUUUCUGGAGAUCCUUGCACAUAGCGUCAAAGCUGGGCUACCCAUAGCAAAGCAAGCGGCCAAAGUCGCAUACGAACAAGGACGCGAGAAACAGAGCGGCUUGAAGAUUGAACCAAAAGUGCAACCUUCACGCAGCACAUUCACUCAGCCUCAAGUAACAUUUUCGGAAGAUGCACCCCAACAUCAACAUGUGCAAAGCUUUUCACAUGCUCCCCAGUUAUCGCUCGGCUUCCCUUUGACAUUUGACUCCAGUGACGGAGAUCGUGCUCAUUCCCCGCCAGCACCUAUAUAUCCGUAUGCGGUGGGCCCUUCACCUGACCAUCCGAAAAUGGUUCAGAGUGAGAACUUACUCAGGGACUCAUACAGCCGUUCAACAAAGACGACUUUCCGACAGGACCCGAUCUCAUAUGACGCACAAAGAGAACACUCCCCAGCUGACGUAUACGGUGCACCACAAAUUCAGGACCUUCUAAUCAGGGCUGGAAAUGAGUUUCCGAAUCUUCUGUCACGAGCAGAAGAGCCAGUCGAAGAAUGGGUCACAAGAAUUCUACAUGAGUACCGUGAGCUUACCCAUUCACUUGCCGCAGCUCACCGGUUGCUGGAUCAAUACCGCACAGACGCUGGAUUGAUAGAGGGCUUGAAGACCGAAGUACACAAACUGAGAAACGAACUUCGAGCCAGUAACACGGCUGCGGAAAAAAUGAGAAAUGAGGCCAGAAAUAGUCACCAACAAAUGUUGAAAGCUCAGGGCAUGCUGGGCGAGAGGAACGUGAAGUUUGAACAAGAACGGGGUGACUGGGAAAGAGAAAGGGAAAAGUUGAACUACCAACACGACAGCCAGAUGCGUAAUGAGACACAAAGAAUGAACAGCGAAAUGAAGCGAAACAAGACAUGGUACGAAGAACAGUUACUCACAAUUCGACAUGAAGAGGAAAAGCGACAUGAGCAGGAUAUCAGCAGUCUGAAACAGCAGCUGACUGAGGAACACUGGAAAUGGGAUGCCUAUUUGCGAGAAGUGAAAGACACCCACGAAACCCGCAUAAAAAAGCUAGAGGCGAGCUUUAAAGAAGAGAUGGAAAACAAGUCCGAGAGACAUCACGAACAGAUGCGACAAGAGAUGGAGAGACACGAGGAAACGGUGAAUGAGUAUCGGUUGAACAUUGCUCAGUUCAAGCUUGACACGGAACAUGAGAAACAGCAAUUGCGCGAACAACUACAAACGGAGCAAGAGAGACUUCAAGAAGAACAAAAGCGACGUGAGAAGGAUCUCAAACGACAGGAAGCCCAACUGACUCACAAGCAUACGCAUGAAACGUUGCAGCUUCGUACCGUCAACGAAGAGCUGAAACAGGGGUUAUUUCAGCGGCAGCAUUUCAGAGGCCUGAAAGACCGUGAUCUAGCCAAUUCAUUCCGCAGUAUCGCAGGUCAAGUGCAAGACUUCGCAAACAUAGAGUGGGACGGUCGGCGUACCUCAGACUGGCCUUUCAGCGAGCACCAGCUACUCGACAUCCAUCGUGAAAACACGCGAAAGCUCAAGAAGCAGAUCGUGCAAAACUCCCUCUGGUUCCUACUGCAUGAUUGGAUCUUUGCAAGUCCUUUCAAAAUCCUAGGUUCAGAAGGAGAAAUUCUGGACCGUGAGUGGAUAGCCAUACAUACGCCGAAUAAUUCCAGUCUCAAGUGGCCUGAGAUACCAGAAGAUAUCGAGAAAAGGCGGUACGAGACGGCCAAGCAAUUCCUAGCCUUUAUGGAACCAUCUGCCCGGCCCUCGGGGGAUGAUCUGCAGCUCAAAAAUGGCUAUGAAAGAUCCGUUUCGGAGUUACUCGACGCUCUGCACCAUGCUCUAGGAAAGGUAGCUAUCCUUGAAGAUAAGCAAGCUAGGAUGCUGGAAAGUCUGGUUGAUUGCAAGCUUGCCCGACGGAAGCGGGGAUCUGCUAUCACAGUCUAA